CUUUCUCCAACUCUCUCUCUCCCCCCCUGUUUCCCUUUAAUUCUCCCCCUUUCCCUCUCAACGAUCUCUUUGCAUUUUGCCUUUGUCUCCUUCUCCUUUCAUCUCCGCCGAAUUUGAUUACAUUGAUCAACUCUCAUUUGCCUAUCUUAUACUAAUGGGGAGGAAACCAUGUUGUGAGAAGGUGGGGUUGAAGAGAGGAAGAUGGACGGCCGAGGAAGAUCAAAUCUUGACAAGCUACAUUCAAGCCCAUGGUGAAGGCUCUUGGAGAUCUCUCCCCAAGAAUGCCGGAUUGUUGAGGUGUGGGAAGAGUUGUCGAUUGAGAUGGAUAAAUUACUUGAGGACUGAUCUGAAGAGAGGCAACAUUACCCCUGAGGAAGAAGAGCUCAUUGUAGAGUUGCAGGCCACCUUGGGUAACAGGUGGUCUCUGAUAGCCGGGCAUCUGCCCGGAAGGACGGAUAACGAAAUAAAGAACUACUGGAACUCUCAUUUGAGCAGGAAGAUCUACAAUUUCAGGAAGCUGCCUCUGCUGCCACCAAGGAAUGGGGAGGAACAACCUAGGACAGGCAGAAUCGCGACACCAACACUGACGCGGCCACUGCCCAGGAAGAGAGGCCGUGGACGGACCAGCAGGUCCUCCAUGAAAACGCACAAAGAGUUCAAGUCAUCGAUGGCGAUACAGAAGAACUCAAACAGCAGUGAUAAUCCUAAACAACCCAAAGCCCCGCAAGACAGUUCUUCCAUCACAGAGCAGCAGUCGGGCCAGCUGUCUGACUCACUUCGAGAGACUGGAGGGGAUGAGGACGAACAGGCCACAGAGGGACCGUAUGAGUGGCUGGACAAUGAGCUUAAGAGGCUUGACCACUUUCUCCGGAGUGAGAGCGAGAUGAAUCUCUGCAGUGGAGAGGAGGCAGUGGCGGCAGCAGAAGCUGAGAAAGAGACUGACUUUGCUGCUGAUUCGAGCUCGAAAAGAAUGGAGAAUGUUGAGAAUGGAUGCCGGGCCCAGUGGCACCACGACUUCUCUUGCUGCUUCGAUGAGUGGCUUGAUUGGACUGUCGGGAGCAGGAUGGAUCAGUUUGAGAAUGAAGGACAAGAAAUGAUGUUAUCUUCUUGGUUGUGGGAUUCCUCCAACUACGACAAUGGUGACAGGAUGGAUCAGUUGGAGAAUGAAGGACAAGAAUUGAUGUCAUCUUCCUGGUUGUGGAAUUCCUCCGACUCCAACAAUGGUAACGAUGUAGAGAAGAUCACUAAAACUUGAGAAACUUGCACAUCAAGCAAACUUCAGAAAAAAGUUUUCAUUCAAUUUUCCAUUUUUGCGUUUCCAAGAAAUUUCAUAGACCUAAAUCAUGUACAUUGUAAAGGUGCCUUCAUUCAA